UGGCGAUCUGCUCCCGUAAAGAUGACAGCCUAGGAAGCCCUAUGGGGCAGUUCUGCUCUGUCACAUGGGAUUGCUGUGAGUCGAAUAGACUCGACAGCACACAACAGCAACGAUCACUGUCACUUCCUUGCUUUAAACUUUUACCAGAACAUCUUUCACCUUAACACCGUUGUUUAAAUUUGCACCUUUUCAGACUUCAUGUCAAAUGUCGUAACUUAACUUUGUGUCGAGUUUCUUUCACUCCGCAGUGUUUGCGAGAUAUGUCCAUAUUGUUGUGUGUCUCUAUAAUAAUAAUUUAGUAGUGCUAAUAAUACAUUUUUUAAAUGCUACAGGAGCUAUCCUAAAAUUACUUUUAAAAAGUGAUAUUUUAUAUUGAUUUUUGUUAAGUCCUGGAAGUCCAUUCCAUUAUUCUAUAAUUCUCAAAACAGUAUCUCAUAAUCUUUUAUUUUGUUUAAAAAAAGGGGUGGGGAUGGAUAUAUACUCUUCUGUUCAGUGAGUAAGUGUUUCUGUGAAAGGGGCCUAAUGGAUUAGCAUUUCAUUGUGGCUUAUGGUGUCCUUGGACCUUUUCAAAAUAUUGUUAAUAGCUUUGAGAGGGCCAGUAUAGAUUGUUUUGUACAAAAUGUGGGUAAAUUAACUAUAUCUUCUAGUGUUUGUUUGCAAAAACGUGUCUUAGAGUCUGCAUUCUGUUGCUCUAACGUGGUUUAUCUCUGAGUCUGCACACUCUAAAGAAAAGAUUGAAGGUCCUUUUCUGUUUCGGUAGGAGGAAUAAGCACGGCGUGUCCCGGAAGAAGAUUGCUCAGAUGUUGGAGCGUUACGAAUACCAAAUGUCCAUCUCGAUUGUAAUGAAUUCGGUGGAACCGUCGCACAAAAGCACACAGAGACCUCCUCCUCCACAGUGGAGACAGAGAGAAAGCGAUUUGAAGGAAACUGGACACGGGCCCAGGAGACUCAAACAGAAGAGAAACAGAAAAAGAAACAAAACACGAACCAAUUACAGUGAAAUCACGGCAAAAGCCGCGUGGGAUACCUUAGGGUACCUCGCUCCAGGAGCUCAGGAGCCGUCUCCGAGUGAGGAGGAAGAUUUGGAAGAGACCAGAAGAGAGCCAAGGUGUUCCCUCACUGGUGGUCUGGGAAAUAAACUGAGAGGUUUUGUGAAUGGUUCUAAAGAAGAAAGCUGGAAAAACAUACAUCCCGAGGAAAGUUUUCCAAGUGUUACGUCUGUAGUUGAGUUGUACAAUACACCAAAGGAUUACCCCCCUGAAGAUGGUGAUAAAUUGCUUCUAAGUUUGUCAUCUAUUCCAAAUGGAAGUUCAGUUGCUUGUCAAGCAGUGACUCGAAACCUCUCCUGCGUAACCAGAGGUGAUUGCUCGGGUAUGAAGGUAGAAAAGCAGACUGAAAAUAUGCAUGCCAUGGCGCUGGACGUCCAGGACAGAUUUGCUGAAGUCUCGCACUCAUUGAUGCAGAAGAGAGAGACGGGACAUAAAAGUCUCCUGUGCCGUCAACAUAGAUCCAAAACCUCACGUCAGGUUUUAAUAGAGGAACGGGGAGUAAAUACACCUCAAACCAACAACUGGGCUUUUUUCUCAACCAGUUUAUCUGAUGAGGAAUUGCAGCUGGGCUCUGUUGGGCAACCCUGGUUUGGUAGCUGGCCUGAGGGACCUCAUACGUUUAUAUGUGAACAGAGACCAAAGAAAGGCAGGUGGCGGAGACAGGCCUGUCCCGAUGGCGAGGGGGGCCUGGUUACAUUGAUCUCCACAUCUGAAGGAGCAUCAGGGCCAGGAAGCAGUCCAGAACUAUUGAUAGAGAAGAAGCUAUUGAUAGAAGAUGAAAACUUGCCAUCUUCAACUGAGAAUAUAGAUUCAUUUAUAGAAACAAAUAUCUUCAGAAGCCACCUACCUGGACCGGAUAGCCCAAGGAGUGCCUUAGUACCCACAAAGAGUAAAAGGAGACAGAUAAGGGCUUUCAAUCUGGCACCAAACUUUGACUUACAGGGACAGGCUAAGAAUGUAAAAGAAAGGGAAAAAGGUGUCCAGUUAACAGAAAGCCAUGGACUAAAACUUAUUUGGGAAGCAGAAGAAGAUAGACUUUCAGAAAUAAAUAAUGAAAAAGAGAAGAAAGAAAACCGUGUGCCCUCUGAUCACCAUCCACUAUGUUUUUAUCGUGGUAUUAUGAAAAACCCCCCUCUAGAUAUUGGUGGACAACUCUAUCCUCGUUUCCUGUCAUUUAUCAGGCUGGGGAGCUCUGUGUAUUUUUACAAAAGCCUGAUCCCUUCUCUUAGGCUACAGUAUGCAUCUAGCUUUUGGAAGGUAUCUUUUAUGAGCACGACACCAUUUUUGACUUCCGGAUCUCAGACAAGAGUAGAUAGUAAACGAGAUGACAUGGGAUUGGUUUCUCCAGAAAUUUUAUGUCACCAACCUCUUAAAGUCCCUUCUGAUCUUCGCUUUCUAAACGAAAGUGUUGGUGAAAAGCUGAAGAGAGAGGAAGAAGCCAGGCCCUUGAAGUCCUCACAAACUGAAGAUAAGCAAGACUUCACAAGGACUAGCUGUACUCCCCCUGGGUUACCCUUAUCCCAAGAGUUUGCCUCUCAGCUAGUCAGGCUUUUUGGAUCUCCAGGAGUUCCAAUGGAAUCUUUGUUGCCUGAGGACUAUGUGGUCCCCCUUGACUGGAAGACACUGAAGGGGAUCUAUCUGCAAUGGAAAACAUCCAUAGAGAAAAGGCAGAAGAAGAUUGCUUAGAAAAAUGAGCAUCUCUUGAAUUGUAAGUACAGCGUAUUCCGGAGACCACCACAUGAUCAGUUGGAAGCGAACACUGACAUCAUUUGGUUUUAAUAGCUCAUCUGGACCACGAUUGCAGACUGAAACAUAACAAACGGAGUUUGUCACCAUAGCAACCCUCUCUACCGUCACCCACGUGAUGUUCUUGUUUCCUUUAAACGUAGACCUUUUGUGAAAUGCAACAAAGCUUAGCUUGUUGCUCCCAAAUUUAAUUUCCAGGUGUAUUGGUCUUGGACGUAUUGUAGAGCAUUCUGUCAACACUACGGUUUCCGGGGGUUCCUUUCUAGCCUCCCCGACUGGGAAUCAGGGGUGUGGGUUGUAUUUAAAUAGGAAAUGGCCCUGUAGGGAAAUAGCUUAACACAGGAGGACAAACUUUGGUUAUAUUUUAAAUUUAACACCAAGCUGACAUUGAAAUAAACCCAUUGUACCUUUUUUCAAAAAUGCCUGAAUUAUGAAAGAAACACAGCUGCUAGGAUUUCAGUGUCUGUCUCUCGGCAUUUGAUAAGAAUUGGAUGCACUGUGUCUUUACCGUAUGUUUUUUUCUCUUCUUUCCAACUCUUAUUUAUAAGAGUAUUUUCUGUGUCCAUUUCUCAGCUAGAGAUACAUGGACACCCAGUACAAAUAGCUUUGCCUGUGUUAAACCUGGCCCUGCUCAGAGGCGAGGGAGAGAAACUAAAGAUCUGAGAGAAGAGUCUAGAGAAUUGGACCGGCCACUGGAAAACAGGGGAAAGUAUAGUAACGGAAAGGUUAGCAGUUUGAUCCCACCCAGUGGCUCCUCGGGAGAAAGACCUGGUGAUCUGCUCCCAUAAAGAUCACAGCCUAGGAAACCCUAUGGGGCAGUUCUGCUCUGUCACGUGGGGUCGCUAGGAGUUGGAAUCGACUCAACAGCACCCAACCACAACAAUAUUAAGAUGCGACAAAGAAAAUGAAGAAAAGAAAUUCUUAAGUCUACAGGCGUAUAUAUUUAUACACUUAGGGGGUAAAAAUAUUCAACAUUCUUUACUAAACCGAUUCUCUAAAAACAGUCAUGAGAAAAACAAGUUAAUAAUGGACUUGGAAGAAAACCUUUACUAGUUUCCAGUUCGUUGUUAACCUGAGGCUACAGCAGAGAAAGCCUUCCUGCCCUGGAAAUGUCUGUCUUACAGGGUUGGACGUUAGUAAGCAGUUGUUGUCUUCCCCCGACUGAUGAGAGCCCACCUCAGGCACUAAGCAUGGAUGUGUUUGGCUGUGGGCAGUCCACGAGUCUUUUCUGUUUGCUGGUUCAGUGGUAGAAUUCUCACCUUCCAUGCGGGAGACCCAGGUUCCAUUCCCGGCCAAAGCGUUCAUACGCAGCCAUCUGUCAGCGGAGGCUUGUGUGUUGCUAUGAUACUGAACAGGUUUCAGCGGAGCUUCCAGCUGAACACAAACUAGGAAGAAAGGCCUGGCAAUCUACUUCUGAAAAUCAGCUAAAGAAAACUCAUGGAUCAUAAAAGUCCCAGCCCGUGGUGCCUGGGAGCAGCAGAAGUUGGGGAUCUGCUCCACAGCAGCUAACGACAACUUGUUUGCUCAGUUUGGAUGUUUCAGGUCAAGCACGUUUUCUGGACCAUACUUUCGAUUUUUUUUUUUAUUGAUCUUCAGCCUGCCUGCUAAACUGCCCUCUGUGUACCUGGUCUUACUCCUCACAAAGCGGUCUGCCCCUAAAUUAUUAUUUACGAAUGUGGCCGCUAUUUGCAGAUUUUUUCACCAUUAUGAUGAAAAAGGGCCUCUCAUUUUGUGUUUGGCGUAGGGUGCCAAUCACUGGGCCUCAAGGGGGAGACAGAAAAUUAUUGUUGUUGGGGGCCCUGGAGUAGAUUUUCAACUCCUGGCAACCCCUUGUGAACCCCAGCAGCUCCAUGGGAGAAAGCUCCCACAAAGAUUACAGCCUGGGAACCCUAGGGGGCAGUUCUGCCGAGUGUCAGGUAGGGUCACUGAGAGUUGGCACCUAACAACAACGCCUCCUUGGGUGAAAGCAUUGUCUUUGAAAUGCCCCUGGCAAAACAUAAAUUAUGUUUUCUAAGAGAGGAAUGUGUUAACACAUUUCCGUGAAUUAUGUACUAACCUCUUCUGACAUGAACAGCUUUACUCCUGGUUUAGGGGCAGGGCCGCAGGGGGUUGGUAAAGCUCUGUGGGUGGGCCCUGGAAUAAGGGGGACUAGGCUGAGUGGGCUGUGGGGACCCCGUGGGGGCCCUAGGUGCCAGGGCAGGGCGUGGAGAGGGAAACUAAGGCUGGGAAGCUGAAAACAAAGCCCACUCGUGUUUCCGUGUGGUCUGGACUUGUGCUUGUUUGUAGCUGCCGCCUCCCGUCUUCACGGAGCUGUGGAGGAUCCCGAUCAUCAGAAAAAGUCAGUGCUGUAAACCCCCGGGAGCUGGCACGCCCACUGCUGCCCCGAGGGCCACCUCCAGGGUCGUGCCUGUCGGGUAACGAAACGGGGCUGAUCAUAUGUCCCCCCAAUCUUGAUUGGUUGUCUGAAUAAUAAUAAAAGAAAAAAAAAUAGCGGAAAAGGUAACCAUUUGAUCAUUUUCUGGUUUUCAAAAUGUUUGCCAUAACUUUUGUAUGUUUUAUAGAAGAAAAUAAGUCAGAGAACACUUGAGAAACUUAUUUUAAAAAUGACAUCAAACCAGACCAACUGGACCAGCUGAGACUAGAGGACUCCCUGAAACUGUUGCCCUGAGAUUCUCAUUAAGCCUUGAACCAGAAACUAGCCCGAGGUCAGCUUUUAUUGAAAUAACGGAUCGGCUCACAAGAUAAAGAAUAUCACCUGUGAGUAUGGCGCUUCUUUAAAAAAAAUCAUCUAUAUGAGACCAAACAGCCAGCAAUUACAUUAAAACACAGAUGAGAAUGUCAGGCGGCAGGGAGACUAGAUUAAAGGAAACAGAACCACCGGAAGAGAAAUCAUGAGCAUGUCCACGCGUUGUGAAGACUGUAACCAAUGUCACUGAACAACUUGUGUAGGAAUUGUUGGACGGGAACCUAAACUGCUGUGUAAACCUUAACCAAAAACACAAUAAAAUAUUAUUUAAAAAAAAAAAUUUACACUGAGAUUCGAAGGGUAGGCCCUAAAUCCAAGCAUAGAUCCAUGAUCCCAUUUCUGGAUUUCUGAAAUGCAAAAAAAUCUAAAUACCAAAAGUGGCUUUGUUAUUAUUAUUAUAAAGUCAACAUUAAAAUUAAUUUGGCAGCAAAACCUGACCCAAAGUGACAGGAGGUUAAUUUUAACUCCUUAUUUGCCCCACUUAAUGUGACGGGUCAUACAUUUUCUGCAUGAAAAUUCAUGUGUUUAAUCAUGGGGGCUGUCCCAGGCCCCACUCAAAAUGUAAGGUAAUUUAUAGGUGCUGGGCUAUCUUCUUAAAAAGGAGUCCGUGGGUGAUGCAAACGGUGAAGCGCUCGACUACUAGCUAAAAGGUUGGCAGUUCGAACCCACCCAGAGGCACCUUGGAAGAAAGGCCUGGCAAUCUGAAAGGUCACAGCCUUGAAAACCCUAUGGAGAAGUUCUACUCUGCACACAUGGGGUUGCCAUGAGUCAGACCUUCUUAAAACAAACAAACAUACACUUUCUGAAUUCUGAACAAUCUAGCCUCAAGGAUUUUGGUAAGGAAUCGUGGACCUGCACCACACUAUAGGCAUAAUACCGAAACCAAACACGUUGCUGUCGAGUCGAUUCCAACUCAUAGUCGACUCAUAGCGACCCUGUAGGACAGGGUAGAACUGCCCCAUAGGGUUU